AUGAGUGUGAGUCGCCACUCUCGUUUGUCGAAAUUUGAUAUAACAGCUGGAUAUAACAACCAAGCACGAGGCUACGGCCAGAUUGACCAUUACUCUGGCUCCGGCGGCCCUGAUAACAGAUAUAACCAAGAUGUCGAAGCCGGCCACAACAACUAUGAGAUGGCACAAUACAAUCAACCGCCUGCUCAAGACCCCAACGCUAUCCUGAACCAGUGCAGAGACGUCGACCGUGGAAUCGACGAUGUAAACAGAUACGUUGAUCAGCUCAACACGCUCUACCGCCGUUUGCUCAGCGACGUGGAUCCUGCUCGCGAAAAUGCCAUUCGUGAAGAAGUGGAAGAUCUUGCCAACCAAACAAAACGACUUUACCGUAAUUUGGUCGACCGCGUCAAGUCUAUUAAACAGAUGCCAGAAUCCGGAAGCCCUCGCAACUCGUCUCAGGUUGGAAAGGUUGAGCGAAGCUUGAAGGCAGCCAUCACACGAUACCAACAAGUUCAAGCUGAUUUUCGAAAAGAGUCUGAGUCGCAAAUGGCUAGGCAGUACCGUAUUGUUAGGCCUGAUGCAACAGACGCGGAAGUCAGGGAGGCCGUGCAGGACAGCUCGAACCAGCAGAUUUUUAGCCAGGCCUUGAUUCAAAGUGAUCGCCGUGGAGACGCCCAGAAGGUGUCACAGAUGGUCCGAGCCAGACAUGAAGAGAUCCAGAAGAUUGAGCGCGACUUUGUCGAAUUGACACAGAUGUUCCAUGAUCUCGAGGCUAUGGUCGUGCAACAAGAGGAACCUAUUGCCCAUAUCGACCAAACUGGAGAGGAAGUUCGAGAGAAUGUUGACAAAGCUAACGAAGAGAUAAAAGGAGCUAUUGACUCGGCUCGUGCCCGUAACAGAAAGAAGUGGUGGUGUCUACUCAUCUGCCUUCUCAUCAUUAUCAUCAUUGUUGUCAUUGUUGUCGUUGUUGUCGUUAUACAAAAGAAGUAG